AUGGGCUGCACCCACCACCCAGCCGGGCACACGCCCAUCUUUAGCCGGGUCCCUGCUCUCGGGACAGGGCUGUGUAGUGCUGUGUGGGCCUGGGCGGCAGCUGUCAGCUCUGGGUACAUCUCGCUUCCCGGCAUCCGCUGCAAAGGAGCCGUCCCUGCCAAAGCUGCUGAGAGCAGCAAAAUCGGUUCCCGGGAAGCCUGGUGCCUGCUGGGCUGGCGGCUCACGCAGACGGGCACGGCCCUCUACACGUAUGAGGAUGGCUCUGAUGACCUGAAGCUGGCAGCGUCAGGAGGUGGAGGUUUGCUGGAGCUUUCUGGCCACUUUGAGAUCCAGAAGGUGAUGUAUGGCUUCUGCAGCGUCAAGGACCCCCAGGCCGUGCUCCCCAAAUACGUACUUGUCAACUGGGUGGGCGAGGAUGUACCAGAUGCCCGCAAAUGCGCCUGCGCAAGCCAUGUAGCCAAGAUUGCUGAGUUCUUCCAGGGUGUCGAUGUCAUCGUCAAUGCCAGCAGUGUGGAGGACAUUGACCCAGGGGCCAUCGGGCAGCGGCUCUCCAACGGGCUGGCCCGUGUCUCCAGCCCGGUGCUGCACCGCCUGCGGCUGCGCGAGGACGAGAACGCCGAGCCCGUGGGCACCACUUACCAGAAAACUGACGCCACCGUGGAGAUGAAGCGGCUCAACCGGGAGCAGUUCUGGGAACAGGCCAAGAAAGAGGAGGAAUUGCGUAAGGAAGAAGAGCGGAAAAAGGCUCUGGAUGCCCGGCUGCGGUUUGAGCAGGAACGGAUGGAGCAGGAGCGGCUGGAGCAGGAGGAGAGGGAGCGGCGCUACCGGGAGCGGGAGGAGCAGAUCGAGGAGCACAGGCGGAAGCAGCAGAGCAUGGAGGCGGAGGAGGCCCGGCAGCGCCUGAAGGAGCAGUCCAUCUUUGGGGACCAGCAAGAAGAGGAUGACAGGCAGCAGUUCAGAAAAUCGGAGUCGGAGGUGGAGGAGGCUGCUGCCAUCAUUGCUCAGAGACCCGACAACCCUCGGGAUUUCUUCAAGCAGCAGGAGCGAGUGGCAUCGGGCAGCAGCGAUGCUGUCUCACCAGGCAGCCACAGGACAGGUCGUCUUCACUGUCCUUUCAUAAAGACAGCUGACAGUGGGCCGCCUUCUUCCUCCUCCUCCUCCUCCUCCCCCCCGCGGACCCCCUUCCCCUAUAUCACCUGCCACCGCACCCCAAAUCUCUCCUCUUUCUUCCCAUGCAGCCAGUCGGACGCCUUCCGCAAGGCCUCAGCAGCGGGCUUCCCCCAGCCCCAGCGCACAGGAGCCCGGGCCAGCCACGCCCGAGCAGCACUGGCCCUUCCCGGGGCCUGA